AUGUCGGAACAAGUAAAGAUUAAUCCGGAUUUGCUGAUUAUAUUAGUUGGCUCAGUGAUAAACAAAUGUAUCAGUGAAUACAAAGGUGAUUAUAAGGAUUGUAAGGCAUCAUUCCCAGUGAACAAAUUCAUUCAAGAUUUAAAUAAUGUCACUCAAGAAUAUACCACAAAAUUUCCUAAUAUCGAUAUUCAUUUCCCUCAAAUCGAUAUUAAGUUACUUUCAUUCAUAAUCACCAAGACCUUAUAUCAUAAAUUCGUCACUGUGACUCCGGAUCAUGUGAUUAUUGAUGUGCUACCUCAUGUUUAUGAGAAUUUUUUGAAAAAUAUUGUUGCUACUUCGACAUUAAGGUAUGCCAAAUAUUUAUUGAAAAGUGCUAAAGAUUUAUAUGAAUUAGAACAAAAGAAUUUAAAUAAAGAGAAAGCUGGGGUGCCAGUAGAGGGAAAUGCACCUAAAGAAACGAUUCGAGCAUCACAACAACAACAGACAUUAGCCACAUCAAAUGAAAAAGGGCAGGUACAAGUACAAGUUGAAACACAACCAAAGAGAAUUCUGGAGGCGAAAAGUGCAGAUGAUAAGCUUGAUAUGACAAAAGAAGCUCAAGUUACUUCAAAAGUACCUGAACCUACACAAGUCCAACCAAAAGCUCAAACUAAUAAUCGCAAAGAUUCUACCGUAUCUGAGAAACCUAACAAAGAUGCAUCAACUUCUCAAGUAUCGACUAAGGAAAAUGGAAACAAAGAAAAAGUUGUUGAUGAAGAUCAAACAAUGGAAAUUGCUAAACAUCAAAAGAAUGAGGAACCAGAACAAGAAGAAUCUAAAGUGCAGUCUAAUGCAGAUCCUGACACGAUGGACAUUGAUGAACCUCAGGAAUCAGUACAAGACAAAAUAUUAGAGAAAACUGAAAGGGAAACUGAUCGAGAAGAGCAUGAUCAAGAAAUGUCAGACAAGAAUGAGGAGGAAAAUGCAGAUGUGGAAGAGCCAUCAAAAACAGUGGGAUCUAAGAUUGAACAGCUGGAAGCAAGCAAAGUUGAAGAAAAUGGAAAUGAAGUGGAAGUACAAUCCGAAGAAAGUAAACAAGAUGAAACUGUUUCAGAGGAAAAGCAAGAUGAGAAAACUGAAAAGCUGGUAGAAAAUAUUGAAGAGAAUGAUGAGAAAGCUAUAGCAACCACAGAAGACGUGGAAGAGGAAAGUCUGAUCACCAAGGAACCAGAACCAGAAGGCAAAGAUGAAGAUAAGGAAAUUGAAAUAUCUGAACAAGGUGAAUCAGAUAAAGAAGUAGAACGGCCUGAGAAGAUAGAAGAAGAUAAUGAGAAAGAGGAUGCUCAAAAACCACCAUCUUCACCUGAAGAAGAAUCACCUUCAAUAGAAGAAAUACCUUUGAAGAAUGAACUGGAGGCUGAGGUUGAAGUUGUACUGGCAAGUAACAGUUCGAAAGAAACAACACCAGAAGUCAAACAACCAUCAAAAAGUAAUGAUGACGAAAAUCCACAAGAAUCAACGAAGAAACCUCAUCACGAGGAGGCAUCACCACCACCAUCUUCAUCAUCAUCUCGUAAACGUGCUCGCUCUCGUUCUCCAUUACCUGCAUCAACUCAACAAUACAAACGAUUCCAAAACAUUGCUAUUAAUUUGCUUAAUUCUAUUCAAGAGCAUCGAUUUUCCUCACCAUUUCUUCAACCAGUGAAUGUUAAAGAUGCUCCAGAUUAUUAUAAUGUGGUUAGUGAACCUAGAGAUUUGAAAAAUAUUAUGAAAGCAGUCAAAUCCAAAAAUGAACCACCAUUAUAUCAAUCAGUGAAAGAAUUAGAACGAGAUAUUAUGUUGAUGUUUGCUAAUUGUAUAAUGUAUAAUCAAUCUGGUGAUGAUUUAGUGGAAUUGACCAAGACCAUGAAACAAGAUAUUAGUGAAUUAUUUAAAAUGUUUGAAGAAGCCGAAGAAGAUAUUAAGUAG